AUGGAUCCUCGUGAAGCCUGGAAUGAGUACUUGAGAGAGCUAUGUUUCUCCUUCAACGACUCUUCCGAUGAGGAAGAUGAAAUGUUCAUAGAGACUAUGAGAGCCUGGCAAGUCGAGUUGGAGGAAUCGGAGAGGCAAUCUUGGGGUGUUUCUGUGCGUGGUCGGAAGCGCAUCAACCGUUAUCGGCUGGAGGGCCAUAUGAGGUUGUACAAUGACUACUUUGCUGAUCCCCCCGUGUACCCUGACUGUAUUUUUCGUCGCCGCUUUCGGAUGAAACGAAGCCUUUUCCUCAAGAUUGUUGGGGCGGUUGAGGAGAAGGACCCGUGGUUUCAGCAGAGGAGAAACGCUGCUGGCGAGCUAGGGCUAUCCGCAUUGCAAAAAGUGACUGCGGCGUUUCGUAUGCUAGCAUACGAUGCGCCGGCCGAUUCUCUAGAUGAGUGCCUCCAUCUAGGGGAGAGCACCAUCAUUGAGAGCAUGAGACGUUUCGUCCGUGCUGUCGUCGAGGUGUUCGGCGAUGAGUACCUUCGUUCUCCGAAUGAAGGGGACACGGCUCAUUUGCUUUCUAUCAACGCAUGUAGAGGGUUUCCAGGGAUGCUGGGAAGCAUUGAUUGUAUGCAUUGGAGGUGGAAGAACUGUUCGACGGUGUGGGCAAGUUCUUUUACUGGCCAUGUCAACGCUCCGACGAUCAUUCUCGAGGCGGUUGCAUCGCAGGACCUAUGGAUCUGGCAUGCCUGGUUCGCUAAACGACAUUAA